AAAUCAAGCGAAUCACACUAGAGAUCCAGUAGAAGAGAAACUGGGCAGGAAGAGGAGGAUAAUCAAAAGCCAAACCCCAAAACGAAUUCCAAGUUCCAACCUCAUAACCAAAUCUGCCCUUUUUUUCUUUUCUUUUUUAAGUCAUUUGAUCAAUAGGUAGAUAGAAAGCUUGUUUUGCUAUUUGCAGUUAGCAUCUGUUGGUGAAACAAUAGUUCAUAUUUAGAAUAAAACCAGAUUGUUGUUUUAGAUCCAGAGAAUUGAAUAAGAUUCAUCGGAGUGAGCGUUUCAGAGAGAGGAGGUGAACGUGAUACUUUUUUCGUAAGGAGGAAGAAAAGUCAAGAUGGAAAGGUUUCUUCUAUCGGCGGCCGGCGGAGGCGGGGAGUCGUUGUUAGGAAGCAUAAAGAUUGCGGUGCUGCCGAUUGCCAAAGUAUUCACCAUGUGUUUUCUUGGUUUUUUAAUGGCUUCCAAGUAUGUUAAUAUCUUGCCUGCUAACGGCCGGAAGCUUUUGAACGGGCUGGUGUUUUCUCUUUUGCUUCCGUGUUUAAUCUUUUCUCAACUCGGACAAGCUAUAACUCUACAGAAAAUGCUUGAGUGGUGGUUCAUACCUGUGAAUGUCGUUCUCAGCGCCCUGGUCGGUUCGCUCAUAGGUUUUGUGGUUGUAACCUUGGUGAAGCCUCCAUACCCAUACUUCAAGUUCUCAAUCGUACAAAUUGCAAUUGGGAACAUUGGGAAUGUACCACUUGUUCUGAUUGCAGCAUUAUGUAGAGAUACAUCCAAUCCUUUUGGUGACUCGGAAACAUGUAGCACCCAGGGAACAGCAUAUAUUUCAUUUGGACAGUGGGUCGGCGCAAUCAUUCUAUAUACAUAUGUAUUCCGUAUGUUUGCUCCUCCUGUUGAAGGAACCUUUGACCUUGAAGAAGCAAGUCUUCCCUGUAAGAUGCCUCAGAUGGGUACCUCUUCUGAGUAUGCUCCAUUGCUUGAGCAAGUGGAUGUACCAACGGAUUCAGAUGAUUCAAAUACUAAGGGAAAGAUUAAGGAUUUUCUAGUAUUUAUUUAUGAGAAGUUAAAGCUCAAGCAAAUUCUUCAACCCCCUAUUAUUGCUUCAAUCCUAGCCAUGGUUCUGGGCACAGUUCCUUUUCUGAAAAGAUUAAUAUUUACAACUGAUGCUCCGCUUUAUUUCUUCACAGACAGCUGCAUUAUUCUUGGGGAAGCCAUGAUCCCAUGCAUUUUGUUGGCAUUAGGAGGCAACCUUGUUGAUGGACCUGGGCCUGGAAGUUCAAGAAUUGGUGUAAGAACACUUGCUGCUAUUAUUUUUGGGCGCCUAAUCUUGGUGCCUCCGGCAGGACUUGGAAUCGUAAUGCUGGCUGACAAGCUUGGUUUCCUUCCUGUUGGUGACAAGAUGUUUCGAUUCGUCCUACUCCUUCAGCACUCGAUGCCAACAUCUGUUCUUUCUGGUGCUGUUGCGAAUUUGAGAGGCUGUGGAAAGGAGGCAGCUGCUGUGCUAUUUUGGGUCCAUAUUUUUGCAGUUCUCUCCAUGGCGGGAUGGAUCGUUCUCUAUCUGAACAUACUCUUCUAAAACUCUGCCAAGCUUAUCUAUUUCCAUGCAUGUUAGUGUUGGUUGCUAACCUCGGCAGUCGGCCGGAAUCUUCGGAUUCGUUGAAAGGAGACGAAGGUAACAGCUAGCUUACUCGAUCGUCUGAAGGCUUCGAUGCAGUGAUGAAAAGAGAUUGUGUGCAUGGUUACAGAAGAGGCAAGAGCUGUAUUUUGCAAAUUUAUCUUUUGUGACAAUGGGUUAUUUAAAGUUGGGAAUAGCUUAGUUAUUAGGUGGAAGCAAAUAGAAAGUAGAGCAAAGAGCAUGAAGAGGCAUCAAGCUUUGUGUUCUUUGACAUAAUGCAAUCUUAGGGUGAUUGACUUAUUUGAGAAAUGUUUUGAAUGUCGAGCAAGAGGAAGAGUGGAGGAGGUGUUACCAAAAUCUCCAUGUUGAUAAAAAUGUCGACUUUUUCAUCAAAUAUGUAAGAAAAUAUUUUA